UAGUUUUUGUUUUUCUGUACACAGAUUAUUGCUCCUCUUUUAAAAAAUAAAUCUAUCUCUAUAGGCUAUAUAGCAGCACUCUUCUUCUCUAUCUCUCUCUAAAAAAGUGAGAGGAGAGAGUCUAGUCCGUAUUCAUUCAUUUCAUCUUACGUCCCAUCACCAAGCUAGAGCUCUUCCUCCCACCUCCCCCGCUUAGAUUAUACCUUAACUUUCUAGCGAAACAGGCGAGGCCAGACUCCAAAAGAAGCUCUUUCAAGUGAAGAGAUCAUCGAUCCAAACGGAGCAGUCGGUCCCUUCGGAUCUUGAUGCCACCAUGACCAAAUACGGAAAACUGGAGAGAGAAAGACACGGGGAGGAAACUUACCUAUAGAUAUUGAGGUUUCUUUUCAAGGCAGAAGAGACAAAAGUUAAACCAUCAAUUCCCAGUUGUCGAAAUAUUAGGUAAAAUUGUUGCUUGUACAGACCCAUAGCUAGCUCUUGUUUAUGGAUUCAGCUUCAGGUGCUGGUGCAUCCGACCCGAAUAGCGGAGAGGGUCCAUCCGCAACAGGUUCGGCGCCGGCUGCGGAGGGUUCAUCGCCCUUGCCACUGAGUCGGUACGAGUCACAGAAGCGGCGAGACUGGCAUACCUUUUUGCAGUACCUAAAGAACCACAAGCCUCCGUUAACUCUAUCCCGGUGCAGUGGUGCGCACGUGAUCGAGUUCUUGAAGUACUUGGACCAGUUUGGGAAGACGAAGGUGCACAUCUCCGGUUGCCCCUACUUCGGGCACCCGAACCCUCCGGCCCCCUGUGCUUGCCCGCUAAAGCAAGCGUGGGGGAGCCUGGAUGCGCUGAUCGGACGCCUGAGAGCAGCUUACGAGGAGAACGGCGGACGGCCGGAGUCGAACCCGUUCGGAGCGAGGGCGGUGAGGAUUUACUUGAGGGAGGUGAGGGAAGGGCAGGCGAAAGCCAGAGGGAUUCCUUAUGAAAAGAAGAAGCGGAAACGACACACAGUCACGGCAACCACAUCAGUGGUGGCAGCUUCUGCUUCGCCGGAAAAUGUGCCAGCGAAGGUGAUUCAAGGAGGUGAUGCUGGGGGUUCUGGUGAGGGAAGUGGAAGUGGUGUUGCUCAAACGACGACGACGACGACCACCGUAUAGUUCGUUAUUUUAGAAACUUAAUUUUCCAUUUUCGUCUGUUUUUUAUAACGUUUAAUAUAUAUAUUUACAAGUACUAGUGAUUCUCUCAUAAUUGAGGGUUUUUUUUCUUCUCUUGGCUAUAUAAAACUUAUAAUUAUUCUUCUC